UGGAGGGUUAAAUUAUCUAGGGUCUGAUGAUCAUGUAGAAUCACUUCCUGCAAACAAAUCACGAGUGUUAGCAUAUUUAUGCUAUCCACAGUAUCAUAUGGCUGUUUCUGAUUAUUUCAUAAAUAUAAGGUUCGUUUCAUAAAACACAAAAUCUUACGGGUAUAAAAUUGAAACCAAAGAAUUCAAUUUCUUAAAAGUGUUUCACUAGGAGCCCUCGUACUUCCUCGAAGUGUACCGGAGAAUCUAAACCCAAUGUCGAAAUCCGGCGAUAAUCAACCAGUUGAUAGAUACCUCCGCCGUCAAAUCCUCGGAGAAGGAACAUACGGUGUCGUUUACAAAGCCACCGACACAAAGACUGGGAAAACUGUAGCAGUGAAGAAGAUAAGAUUAGGAAACCAAAAGGAAGGAGUAAAUUUCACAGCUUUAAGAGAAAUCAAGCUACUAAAAGAGCUGAAUCAUCCACAUAUCGUUGAACUCAUUGAUGCUUUCCCUCACGAUGGAAGUUUGCAUCUAGUUUUUGAGUAUAUGCAAACAGAUUUAGAAGCAGUGAUUCGUGAUCGUAAUAUCUUUUUAUCUCCUGGUGAUAUUAAGUCUUAUAUGUUGAUGACUUUGAAGGGUUUAGCUUAUUGUCAUAAGAAAUGGGUUCUUCACAGGGAUAUGAAGCCGAAUAAUUUGUUGAUUGGAGAGAAUGGUUUGUUGAAGUUGGCUGAUUUUGGUUUGGCGAGGUUGUUUGGGAGUCCGAAUCGGAGGUUUACUCAUCAGGUAUUUGCUACAUGGUACAGAGCGCCUGAGUUACUGUUUGGGAGUCGACAGUAUGGAGCAGGAGUUGAUGUUUGGGCUGCAGGCUGUAUUUUUGCUGAGUUACUACUUCGUAGACCAUUUCUUCCGGGUUCUACUGAGAUUGAUCAACUUGGAAAGAUCUUUCAAGCGUUUGGUACUCCAGUACCUUCCCAAUGGUCUGACAUGAUCUAUCUCCCAGACUACAUGGAAUUCUCCUAUACACCCGCUCCACCAUUACGUACCAUUUUCCCUAUGGCAAGUGAUGACGCUUUGGAUCUUCUAGCAAAAAUGUUCAUCUACGACCCACGUCAAAGGAUCACAAUACAACAAGCUUUAGACCACAGGUAUUUCUCGUCUUCUCCAUCACCAACUGAGCCAGGGAAGCUUCAGAUUCCAGCUUCCAAAGGAGACGCACUCGAACCAAAGGCCUCCGAGCAAAACCAACAUGGAAAUAGCCCAGCGGUACUGUCUCCUCCUGGUAAAAUGAGGAGAGUGAUGGGUCCUGAAGGAUUCACUUGAGAAGAUGAUGUUUCAUUUCUUUUGGAAAAUAUCAAUGGAUAUGCCCAGAAGAUUUCAAAAUUAGAUUUUUACCAUUGAUAAUUCAAUAUUAGUUAACUAUCAAAGAGAAAAAAUUUAAAGCCAUAAAUGUCCUUCUUAGUUCUUACUUUGUUUAAUUUACCAAAUAUGUCAUGUAUCAACUAUUGUUAUAAUUUCACUAUAUAUCAACUAUCUUACCAUAUUAAUAUAAAUAUUAUUCAGAUAU